UCAAAAGAUUCCAAAGCACACUGUAUUCUUACAAUCAUUCUCUGCUAACUUAGUUAAUGAUGGUUUCGAUGGAGGCUUUAGCGAUGGCAGGAGAGGAUUAUCAAGAAUGGGGACUUAGUAUUGAUGAAUAUGAGUAUCAAGAAUCCGUCGUUCCAUCUCAUUUACUUGCAGAAGAAGACUGUUCUGAAGAAGAUUCCGAAGAAGAAGACCAUGUAAAUGACGAUAAUAGAGAUUUUGAUGGCGUAGAGGCUAAACAACAUGUUACUUGUGACGUUAGAGAUUCUUCUGUUGGAAAACUGAUUGAACAAUCUAUCUCACAUAUCAUCGUUCACCUCAAACACAUUAAGUUAUUAACACAUCUUCUUGAGAACUUUUUGUUUAGCCAUGUUCUUGAUUUUCUUUUGUAAUUGCGUUCUGUUGGGAAUUUAUUUUUGUGUGCUUAAUAAAGAGUGAAUUGACUGUAUAAUGUUAGUAAAUAUAUAUUCAAUUUUGAGCAAUUGAAUAGAUUGAAAUAAAGGUAAAUGGUUAAUUUUUAAUUCGGUUUAUGUGGUUAUAUUUUUCUUCGAUAAAUCAUAAAACUAGUGGUGAGACGAUAACCUAACCAAAAUUUCACCAACUCACAAUCGAACGAAUAACUCAUAUACAAUAGUGAAAACAAACUAAAUAAAUUGAAGUUCACUAAACUUAAAGGAAGGCAUUGUCGGUCUAACAAGAAUAGCAGAACUAAUUAAUAUCCGUCUUGACCUUAUAUCGAUUAUUUGGCCCUUGUUAAUAAUCUAACUAAAGAGUAUAUGUGUGUAAUAUUUUGCUAUAAAACUGUAAUUGUUUCAGAAUCUCAUAAAUCUUGUGACUGAGUUUAGCAUUAAUCUUUUCACAAAAUGAUUCAUCUAGUAUAUACAUAAUUAUUUUCACAAAGUAAAUAAAUACCGAAAACAAAACUAACAGUUAAUAUAAUAAAACUUCCUUGAACGUAAGUACUUUUUAGUGGAUGUACUGUGUGCGGACGGACCCUAACUUCCGAAGCAUUGACGUCUCAUUCUUUUGAUAAGAGCACACCAGAAGAAAAGUCUCGUUUUCACGUUCCAUCUUUCAAACAAAAGAACAAGAAAACCGUGGUGUAUGAUCAUAUAUAAAGUUCACGAGAAUCACGACUCUGAUGUUAAUUAUUACGACACACCAUCAGGCCUGCACACCAUGCAUGGCGUACGUAUCAAUACGUAAUAUCUUACGCCAUCACGCGUUUGAAUUGCGCCAUGCAUAUUUCAAAAUCUGGUGUUUAAUUAAUACAACGAGUACAAGUUUUUUUUUUUUUUUUUGCUUAAAAUUUUGCAACGAGUAAAAGUUUGUAAAUCCAGUGACAGUUUAUACAUAGCUUGGGACCCAAGGCCAAGCAUAACUUCUAUUUUGCAUACAAACACUCAGAAUACACUACAGUUCUAUAUAUGAAGUGAACUCCAAUGAGUAUUAUUAGGAUAUCUCUAAUUGAGUUAAAACAAAGUCAAUUCUUAGUUGAAAUAUGCUCGCAUAUGUUGUAUAAACACUCAGAAUACCAACUAAUCUUAGAAUGAUUCACCGUUAAAUAUAAAUAAAUCUCAAGAGACGAGAGGUUACAACGAGUUUUGCAUAAGACCUACAACAAGAUUCGAUAACUUAUUAUCUUUCUCCAACUUAUUGCAAGUCACACAAUUCAACUCAUUUAAUUUACAGAUCGUUCAUGUUAAACUCUUGAGAUCAAAAGUGAACUGCGCUAAAUUUUUCACAUCUCCACAUCAUUCUUGUGAAUCACUAUUUAGAUUUUGACCUGAAGUUUCGUGUAGGAAGGAAUGUGAAAGAAACAUAUUUAAAGUAUUUUCCUUGCUUGAAUCACUACUAUUUUUAUUUUUUUGAAAGAAAAAGAAAGUGGGGUGAGAGAGGCUCGAACUCUCGACCUCAGGAUCACUCAACAGCUAUGAGACCUACGCGCUAGCCAACUGCGCCACCACCCCUGAUUGAUGUUUCACAGCGGCACGAGCUUAGGAACAUUAUUUGCAGUAUAACUUCUGUUUAACCAUGGAUACACAGAUUUUUGGUUUCAAGUUACUUAUAAGACAUUGCUUUUUAAUCAUGUUCUAAGCUUUUGCCAACAUACUUAUUCUUGAACUCCUAACAUAAUGUUAUAACUAGGUAUUUUGCCCGCGAUGCGGGCUUAAACAUUUUCAUAAUUUUUGAAAAGUUCUUUAUAUACUAUAUUUAUUAUACUAAAAUAAAUCUUAAAAUAACUUAAUAUUAUAUUUUUAAUUAUAUAAUUAAAAAUAUUAUUUGAUUAAUAUUUAAUUAUAUCAUUUAUGUUUUAACUUUUUACUAAAAUACU